AUGGCGUGUAUGUUUCAGGAUGAAGGACAUAUCAUUCACAACCUUCCAUCAAAAACCCCAAAUGAUUUCAACAAUGUAAAAAUUAAAGACGGCGAUAUCGAUAAUGCUACCAUCGACAACAACAACAACAGCAACAAAAACAACAUCAAUGCCAACAACAGCAUUAACAUCGACAACAAUAACAACAGCAACAACGACAAUAUAAAUAACAACAACAUAGACGACAAAAUCAAUAAAAGCAAAAAUCACUUCAACGAGGAUGAUGACAACGAGGACCAGAAGCACAUUGACACAAAUUUAAUAUUAGGAGGUAGCAGCUCAAAAAGCUGGAAGGAGAACAGUAGGAAUGCAUCUGAGCAGAAGAGGCCAGCAAGCAUCAUGCAAGACGGUGACAAGUCAAUGCAUGUCAGUGAUUUCAAUCUUAAUGAAAAUCACCAUGUCCAAGAAUGCACCGAAAAAGUUUUUACUAACAAGGAAAAAAAAUUAGUUACUGAUGAUAAUAUUGUUAAGAUUGAAAACAACACUUCCCAUUCCGAAACCGACAACAACAACAGUGUUGAAGUUCAAAACAUGAAUUAUAAUUGUUUACCAGGAGCAGCAACACCACUACCAACAACAACAACAACAACAACAACAACAUUGCCAACAACAACAAAUACAAAAGCACUAGCACAAAUGCCAUCGCUCCAAGACCAACCUGUCAGUGCGUGCAUCGAUGUUGUUGAGAAUGGUGUUGUUAAUAAUGCCUCCUUCAAUGAGAAUGCUAACUUGAGUAACAAAAAUUAUGGUGUAGAUAUUACGAAUGAUGUUUUCAUAAACGAGCACAAAGGUUGCAACGUUAAUGGAUUCAACAAAUCAAAAGUGGAAUUUUACAACAAGAGAGACUUGAAAAUCCGUCUUGAUGAUGCACUCAACAACAAAAACAACAUUUGUUACAGUAGUACAAAUGUUAAGAACAGCAAAAGCAGCUAUAACUACAGCAGCCACAGCAACCACGGCAGCCACAACCACAGUGGCGAUAACAACCACAACACUUACAGCAGUAGCGGUAGUAACAAAUAUGACAGAAACAACAACCAUCUCUCACUAGUCAUCAACAGUAAACAAUUUUCAGAAUCAUCUGAUAACAGUAACAUUAAUUGCAGUAGCAUCAAUACAAAUGUGAAAAAUACUGUAAGAAAUCUUAACGACACUAACAUCAGCUGUAACAUUAAGAGUAACAAUAAAGUAAUGAUUGACAAAGAUGACGACGAAAAAUAUCUAAAACAGCAGAACAUGCAACAUUCAACACCAACAUUGACUCCAACAUCAACUUCAACACCAACUCUAACAUUAACAUUAACAUCACCUUCAACAUCAACAUCGAGAACCAGAACAGACGAUUACUACUGCCAGCUCUGUCAUUCUUCUUUUCCAACGCUACUUCAUUUUGUUGAACAUCGCAAAUACGCAUGCGCCAGAAGAUCAACAACAAUAACAUCAACCCCCAACAUCAACAUAGGAUCAACAACAACAUCUAUAACAUCAACCAUCAAUAACAUCAACAACAACAUCAAUAAUAAUCAAACCACUCCCCCAUCGCAGAACGCAGCACAACAAAAAUACAUUAACAGCUACAACAAACCGAGCCCAAGAAUAGAACCGUUGUGUUUAUGA